AUGGCUAACGGGUGGAGUCUUCUGGUCGGCCUCCUGUUCAUCUUGGCCUUCUGCGCCGUGUCCUGGUUCGCCAGUCCCAAGGGCGAGACACAAACUGUCUGGCGUUCAACCCUCAUUCUCUCGGCCUGGAGCUGUUACCUCAUGUGGGCUAUCACCUUCCUCGCCCAGUGGCACCCCCUCAUCCAACCCCAGCGAAGCGACCUGAGACCCGAAUACGUCCACAGAGAUUAG